UAAUAUUAACACGCACAAAUAUGCCUCGACUACCUUUACACUGUUCAUCUGGGACAGGUGUUAUUUCGCCAUUCAGUAAGGCAAUACGGUUAGCUCGUUAUGGUUGCACUAACAGACCGUUUUAUCAUAUCGUUGUGAUUGAUGUAAAAAAGGGAGAAAGAAAACCACCGAUAGAACAAGUUGGUGUAUAUGAUCCUAUUCCAAAUAUGCAUAAUGAAAAAUUAGUGUCCUUCAAUUUUGAAAGAAUACAACAUUGGAUUGCCAAAGGGGCACAAGUGUCCACACCUGUUGCAGAUUUAUUAGGACUCGCUGGAUUUUUACCUGUUCAUCCAAGAACAUAUAUGAGAGCAUGGAGAAAUCGCAGAACUGUAGAAAAGUGUUCUUAAAGAAAGUAUGUGUUAAAAAUAAACAGAUGUAUUUUUUACGUAGUUAAGACACAAUUGUUGUGUUAUGAACAUUUAUUUUGUACAAAU